UGUGGACAGGCUGACGAAUGAUGAUUACAAUAAACAUUGUUAGGUGUUUUUUAAUGUAAAAUAUGUACAAUAGACGUUCAGCAUUUCUGCAUUCCGCCUAACUAGUUAUAAAUUAUAGUUGUUAAUUGUUAUUAAUUAUUAUAAGUAAUUGAAUUCCCAAAAUAUUUGUACCUGUCAUUAUUAAAUGUAUCAUUUGAUUCAACAUUAAUAAUGUUAUUAUCGGGUUUCUGAAGUUAAACCGUUCAUUGUAUACAAAUAUCAAAUAUUAUACACAAUGGGUUUCAGCAUGAAAACCAAGAUUAUUCUAUUUGCACUUUAUUCACUGAUAUUCGUCACAUCCGUUGUGUCGUACUAUGGGUUUAAAGGCAGUCAAGAUUCAAUGCAUUACUUGGCAAUUCAUUCAGGAAACAUUAAUCUUCAAGUGAAAAAUGAAGGUUAUCAUAGAGUUCUCCAUACGACCAUCACUGCCGACUAUGAAACAUCGAAUCGUAAAGACUGUGCAGUUACAUUACGUUAUGAUUUUCCAGCUGAUAUUUAUGUGGACAAAUAUGAGUUAGCUACAAUUGCCUUGAAUCGCAAAGUUGAAUUUUAUGUUGACAACAAAUUUAUCGAUGUAGAAACACCGGCUCACAAAUCUGAUCCAUUUGUUCUCUAUGUUGUCAAUUACACACUUCCAGAUACAGCAAACAAAUUGACAGAAACAGAAUUCCCUAUUCAUUUAAGAUACCAGAAAGCUGCUGAGGAUAGUCGUUACAAAGAGGUUCGAUUUGGUGAUGCGUAUUCAGAUGUUCAAAUGUUAUACUUGUGUAAAGGGCCAAGAAAUUCUAAUUGGAAACAAUUUCCACUCAAUUCAGGAGAAUGGAUUCCUGCCAGUUAUGUAAAAGUUAACAAAGAUGUGGUAAUGUAUGUACCAGUAGGCGAUACCAAUAAUUUGCCAUGGGUGAGUCUCAUUACACACGGUUCUGUAUUGUUGGGUACAUAUUACAUCCUACGCCGUUUGAUGGCUACUCCAUCACCAGAUAAUGCUAUCAUCAAACUUUCACCUGUUAAGUGUUAAACUUAUCAUAAAUGAAUAUUGGCUGUAAGCUCAUUAGCAA